GAAGGGGAGACCCCCUUGACUUUGGCAACAUUGUGUAUUUCACUUUUUCAAGGUCCCAUUGUCCGAUGUGGGAGGGAAGGGUACUCACUCGGGAGCCCAGGGGACAGGAGGGUUGAUGGGGUGAGGUCGUUAGUAAAAUGCAAAGAUCCGUCCUCCCACAGUUGGUUUUCAUUUCAACCCUCCCGUCACUUUGAGAGUGCAAUCUCACCUACACCCACACCCCGGGACCACUCGCACACGCCCAGUUCCCUUUUCCGUGCGGUCGCUUUGGGAUUUAUUUUCCGUUGAGCCACCUCGGGGGACAAAUUUUUCCUCACAUGUAACUGCUAAAAGGGGAAAGCUUCCGCUUUCAGACUUCCUUCUGCGUGAUUCUUUUGGAGUCGCAAGCUCGCGUUUCCAGCCAGUACCCAGCUGCGCGCUUUCGGUGAGCUGACUUGGUUGGUAUAGUGUAAACUCAGCAUAUGGAGAUACCAUUAUCAUGCCUUGCCGACUUGAUGUACCUCAGAAUCUCAUGUUUGGCAAAUGGAAAUAUGAAAAGCCCGAUGGCUCCCCAGUAUUUAUUGCCUUCAGGUCCUCUACAAAGAAAAGUGUGCAGUACGACGACGUACCAGAAUACAAAGACAGAUUGAGCCUCUCAGAAAACUACACUUUGUCUAUCAGUAAUGCAAGGAUCAGUGAUGAAAAGAGAUUUGUGUGCAUGCUAGUAACUGAGGACAACGUGUUUGAGGCACCUACAAUAGUCAAGGUGUUCAAGCAACCAUCCAAACCUGAAAUUGUAAGCAAAGCGCCUUUUCUCGAAACAGAGCAGCUAAAAAAGUUGGGAGACUGCAUUUCAAAAGACAGUUAUCCAGAUGGCAACAUCACGUGGUACAGGAAUGGAAAAGUGCUGCAACCCCUUGAAGGAGUGGUGGUCUUAAUUUUUAAAAAGCAAAUGGACCCACUAACUCAGCUCUAUACCAUGACUUCAUCCCUGGAGUACAAGGCAACCAAGGCUGACAUACAAAUGCCAUUCACAUGCUCUGUGACGUAUUAUGGACCAUCUGGCCAGAAAACGCUUCAGUCUGAACAAGCAAUCUUUGAUAUUUACUAUCCUACUGAGCAAGUGACAAUACAGGUGCUGCCAUCAAAAAAUGCCGUCAAAGAAGGGGAUGACAUCACUCUUAAGUGCUUGGGAAACGGUAACCCUCCUCCUGAGGAAUUUUUGUUUUACUUACCAGGACAGCCUGAAGGAAUAAGAAGCUCAAAUACUUACACAUUGACAGAUGUGAGGCGCAAUGCAACAGGAGACUACAAAUGCUCCCUGAUAGACAAAAAAACCAUGAUUGCUUCAACAGCCAUCACAGUUCACUAUUUGGAUUUGACCUUAAACCCAAGUGGGGAAGUGACCAAGCAGAUUGGUGAUGCCUUGCCUGUGUCAUGCACAAUAUCUGCUAGUAGGAAUGCAACCGUGGUAUGGAUGAAAGACAACAUCAGGCUUCGAUCUAGCCCAUCAUUUUCUAGUCUCCAUUAUCAGGAUGCUGGAAACUAUGUCUGUGAAACUGCUCUGCAAGAGGUUGAAGGCCUAAAGAAAAGAGAGUCAUUGACACUAAUAGUAGAAGGAAAACCUCAAAUCAAAAUGACAAAGAAAACUGAUCCCAGUGGACUGUCUAAAACAAUAAUCUGCCAUGUGGAAGGUUUUCCGAAGCCAGCUAUACAGUGGACAAUUACCGGCAGCGGAAGCGUCAUAAACCAAACAGAGGAAUCUCCUUAUAUCAAUGGCAGGUAUUAUAGUAAAAUUAUCAUUUCCCCUGAAGAGAAUGUUACAUUAACUUGCACAGCAGAAAACCAGCUGGAGAGAACAGUAAACUCCUUGAAUGUCUCUGCUAUAAGUAUUCCAGAGCACGAUGAGGCAGACGAGAUAAGUGAUGAAAACAGAGAAAAGGUAAAUGACCAGGCAAAGCUAAUCGUGGGAAUCGUCGUUGGUCUCCUCCUUGCUGCCCUAGUCGCUGGUGUGGUCUACUGGCUGUACAUGAAGAAAUCAAAGACUGCAUCAAAACAUGUAAAUAAGGACCUUGGUAAUCUGGAGGAAAACAAAAAGUUAGAAGAAAACAAUCACAAAACAGAAGCCUAAGAGAGAAACUGUUCUAAUUGUUGUCCAG